CCUUCCCGUUCUCCCACUGAAGGCGAAUCAUUAAGCCGCCCCCGGCCCUCGGACCGCAGGAGCCCGCGACCUCCCAGGCCGACCGCCCUCCCUCUCCGCGCGCGGGUGCCGGCCCAGCGAGAGGGCGCGAGCGCAGCCGAGGCCAUGGAGGUGACGGCGGACCAGCCGCGCUGGGUGAGCCACCACCACCCCGCGGUGCUCAACGGGCAGCACCCGGACACGCACCACCCGGGCCUCGGCCACUCCUACAUGGACCCGGCGCAGUACCCCCUGACAGAGGAGGUGGAUGUACUUUUUAACAUCGACAGUCAAGGCAACCACGUCCCGUCCUACUACGGAAACUCUGUCAGAGCCACGGUGCAGAGGUACCCUCCGGCCCACCACGGGAGUCAGGUGUGCCGCCCACCUCUGCUGCAUGGAUCCCUGCCCUGGCUGGAUGGUGGCAAAGCCCUGGGCAGUCACCACACCGCCUCACCCUGGAACCUCAGUCCUUUCUCCAAGACGUCCAUCCACCACGGCUCUCCUGGGCCUCUCUCCGUCUACCCGCCGGCCUCGUCCUCCUCCCUGUCGGGGGGCCACGCCAGUCCGCACCUCUUCACCUUCCCACCUACCCCGCCCAAGGACGUCUCCCCAGACCCGUCACUGUCCACCCCAGGCUCUGCCGGCUCGGCCCGGCAGGAUGAGAAAGAGUGCCUCAAGUACCAGGUGCCGCCGCUGCCCGACAGCAUGAAGCUGGAAUCGUCACACUCCCGUGGCAGCAUGACCACCCUGGGGGGGGCCUCAUCCUCGGCCCACCACCCCAUCACCACCUACCCGCCCUACGUGCCCGAGUAUGGCUCCGGACUCUUCCCCCCCAGCAGCCUGCUGGGCGGCUCCCCCACCGGGUUUGGAUGCAAAUCGAGGCCCAAGGCACGAUCUAGCACAGGCAGGGAGUGUGUGAACUGCGGGGCCACCUCCACCCCACUGUGGCGGCGGGACGGCACCGGCCACUACCUGUGCAAUGCCUGUGGGCUCUACCACAAGAUGAAUGGGCAGAACCGGCCCCUCAUCAAGCCCAAGCGAAGACUGUCUGCAGCCAGGAGAGCAGGGACGUCCUGUGCAAACUGUCAGACCACCACCACCACGCUCUGGAGGAGGAAUGCUAACGGGGACCCCGUCUGCAACGCCUGUGGGCUGUACUACAAGCUGCACAAUAUUAACAGACCCCUGACUAUGAAGAAAGAAGGCAUCCAGACCAGGAACCGAAAAAUGUCUAGCAAAUCCAAAAAGUGCAAGAAGGUGCAUGACGGGCUGGAGGACUUCCCCAAGAGCAGCUCCUUUAAUCCGGCCGCCCUGUCCAGACACAUGUCCUCUCUGAGCCACAUCUCGCCCUUCAGCCACUCCAGCCACAUGCUGACCACGCCCACGCCGAUGCACCCGCCGUCCAGCCUGUCCUUUGGACCUCACCAUCCUUCUAGUAUGGUCACCGCCAUGGGCUAGAGGCCUGCUCGCUGCUCCCGGGCUCCCAGUGAGAGUCCCUGCAGCCCUUCACUUGCAUUUUUGCAGGAGCAGUAUCAUGAAGCCGACAGGCGCGGGAGGUGUGCGUCCGAGGGCAGGAAGCCGAACGAUUUGCCAUUUUGCAAAGGAGCUCACUGUGGUGUCUGUGUUCCAACCACUGAAUCUGGAUCCCAUUUGUGAAUAAGCCAUUCAGACUCUCAUUCCCUAUUUAACAGGGUCUCUAGUGCUGUGAAAAAAAAAUGCUGAACGUUGCAUAUAACUUAUAUUGUAAGAAAUACUGUACAUGCGAGGAAGACUUGACUGCGUCUGGGUAUCUGUAAGGCAUGAAGGACUCCAGGAAGCUUAAGGAAUCUGGGGAAAAGAAAGGCUGGAAAUUAAGAAGAAACUAGGUCUGAUAUCCCAAUGGACAAACUGCCAGUUUGGUUUCCUUUCACUGGUCACAGUUGUUUGAUGCAUUAAAAUAAAAAGCAACCAACCAAACAAACAAACAAAAAAAACAGAAAAAAGAUUAAAAAAAAAAAAAAAGAAAAAUGUCGUAGCCGAAUCAUUCGUUCAAAGCUGUGGGCCUCUGGAAAGGAAACACCCGUUCCGGGCCAUCGGUGUUAACAGCGCUCGAAGGUGCCACCAAGGGUUUGGCUAGCCACUUUCUAGGCCUACAUGCUUUGUGAACCAGUUCCUGUAAUUGUUGUUUGUAUGUAUAAUUCAAAGCACCAAAAUAAGAAAAGAUGUAGAUUUAUUUCAUCCUAUUAUACAGACUGAAUUGUUGUAUAAAUUUAUUUACUGCUAGUGUUUAAGGACUGCUUUUUUUUCGUUGUUGUUGUUUCAUUCUCUCUCCAUUUUUGGUUGAAUAAACUAGAUUCUAUUCAGUUG